AUGGCCUCUUCCUACCUCGGCUCCACACACCCCAACUCACUAGCCCCAUGGGGUUAUGCUGUCUAUCGGCUCACCUACAAUGUAGGAUCCGAAGAAAAAUGGGACACUGCCUUAAGGAUCAUUCAAAAUGCGGUUUACUCGUCAAUCGAGGUUCGGAAUAGAAGAGCAAAUGAAAUGCCGGACAGACACCGAAAAGUACGUUUUGAAUAUCAAGAGAGAGGAGCUAGACACCCUCGAACCCCCACAGUCUCAGUUCGGGACGUAAAAGAUAAAUUCCAUCUCGAGGUUUUUAAUGAUUACGCACACUACAAUGGCCUUUCAUUGAACCAGGUUCGAAGCAAGUUUAAAAAGUGGAUAACCAGAGUGUACUGGGAGACUGGCACGCAUGAACUCCCAAUUACUCCAGAGUUCUGCAUCGCGGUAGACGAUGAAGCGCUAGAGUCUCUAUUAGUUAGCGGCGGUUAUGGGUUCGUGAAGGUCAUAGCAAUAGAUCCAUGCGUCUCAUCCUGGGAGAGUAAUUGCGGAUGGACACAUGCUAGGCCUGUCGACCUGUGGAAAUUCUGCGGUGAAGGUACAACUGAUUGA